GAACUUUGAUGAUGUCAUAAGUUAAGGUCGCUGUCAUCGAUUGCGUCACCCUCUAUGUCAUCUUAUGCAUUAGAGCUUAUCGGCCUGACACGACUUCAUCUCCACUAUCACAAGCCGCUAAUGUUAUUUUGAUGUGAUAUUCGUUCGCCGCAACAACUUGGCGUUCCCCUUCAACUGUCAUCUUCUGUGUCAUAAAUGUCAUAAAGGUCAACUAUUCGGCCGAGACUUUUAUUUAUUUUUAUCCGAUCGUGGCAACUCGAGAGACGAUGGUUCUCAAAAGGUCAAAAGGUUUUAUUUUCAGUAAAGCAAGCCCAUCAUGGUAUUUUGAAAAUAUCAUGUUUAAAAAUGUGUUGACAAAUUUGUCAAUAAGGACUGAAGGAUGUCAUGGAUAAAUAACCAACAGUUAAGCAAAGACCACUUCAGGGAACCCGUUGAAGAUGUGGAAAAAAAAGGCACCUCGUUGCUGGAGCAGAGAUGGCUCGUCAAGGAGGAGCUGGCUCAUUUGGCGUCCGAAAAGAAGACGACGACGACGGAGAAACGGGACUCGAGGGCUCGACGCUUGGGCCGUCAUCUCCACUACAAGAGCUUCACGGUGGAGACGGAAAACGAUCUUCAACAAAGCCUUCUCGAGCAGAACAAGCUCUUCAGUUACAACAUGUCGGUGUUUGACUGUCGGGCCGAGAGGUCGGGAACGGAGAAAUACAACUUUGAGUUUGCUCUGCUUCAGUGUCGAUGCCUGGAGGUGGAAACGCAGUACGACAACUUGCGGGCGCAGUAUCAGCAUCUCAAGGCUCAACUUUUAAAGUUCACAGAAGAUAAUACCAACGAGAUGACGCUCGGCGCCAAAGUCUUGACUUACCUCGGAUCUGAAAACGUAAACAUGGACGUGGCCGACAACGACGACUUGAAAGCACAAAUGAAAGUUUCGAUGGAAAGCAACCUUCUGGAUCAGCAACACAUGGCUCUGAUUGAUCAGGUGUCUCAACUUCAACAGCACAAAAACAACAUGGAGUCGGAGCUAGCCGACUUAAGGUCGCAAGCUAAGGUCAACAAAGAAAACGAAGACUCGCUGAUGAAACUGAAUCUUUUACUCAAGAACGAAGUGGCUCAGCUGAAAUCGAGUUUGAAGACGGACGCCGACGACUCCAACUAUAACGUUCUUCCGGAAAACAGGAGCCAUCCAGAUGAGCGGAUGGAGUCCCUCAGCGACGAGCUAGCUCGCCGUCAAUCUCGCGGCUCAACGAUGGAGAAGGAGAACGGCGACUUGAGGGCGCAAUUAAACAUUCUUCAAGAAAACAAGAAGCAACAAGACGAUAAAAUGAAGCACCUGAAAGAUCAGGUGGCUCUGCUUCAGUCUCAUAACAUCGAAAUGGAGACACAGUGUAGCAACUUGAAGGCGCAAAUUCAAUUCCAUCGAGAGGACGAAGAAGCUCAGACUGACCACAACAAUGUCCGUAAAAAUGGAUUGGUUGAGCUUCAGUCAAAGAUGGAAACUGGCAUCACGGCGGACGAAAAACAUCGCCUGGAAGAUGAAGAACAUGAUCAGAGGAGCGAAACAAAAGAGCGGAGGAAAGACGAGUUGAGGACGCAAGUUAAAGCUCUCCACGAAAGGAAUAACCAACUUCAUGACGAAGUGAAGUCCCUCACGGAGAAGUUAAGUCUACUUCAGACUCAAAAGGCAAAGACGGAGACGCACAAUUGUGACUUGAGGGCCAAAGUGAAAGCUCUUCAAGAAAACAAGAACCAACUCGACGAUGAAAUGAAGUCGCUGAGCGAUCAAAUUGCUGUUCUUCAGUCUCAGAAGACCAAGGUGGAGACGCAGAAUGGUGACUUGAGGGCACAGGUUAAGGCUCUUCAAGAAAACGAGGAUAUUCUCAUCAAGCAGAACGAGUUCCUCAAUGAUGAGGUGUCUCAGCUGGAAAGAUUUAACGUGAGAACCGAUAAGCAAAACGAAAACCUGCGCACACGAGUCAAGGCUCUGAGAGAAAACGAGAACAUCCUCAGCGAGAAGACGGAGAACCUGAUGGCUGACUUGUCCCACUUUGAGAACCAGAGAGACAAGGACCAAAGUGAGAUUUACGGUCUGAGAACUGAGCUGCAGACGCUCCGGUGCCAACUGCAAGAUCAAGACGAACUACUCAGGAGGAUCGAUCAUGCCGAGUCUCUCAUGGAGAAGGAGUGGGCAGAGAACGAGAGGUUGAAAAGCAAACUGAGCGAGCUCGAGGAGGAGGGUAACUUUGUGAAAAAGCAGAACGACGUUGUGAGAGUGGAGUUGGAAAACCACAAAUCUCUUCAAGAUCAACAGAGCGAGCAGAUUGCGCAGCUGAGGUGCAAACUGAAAGACCAGAAGGUCCAACUUGAGGAGGCUCAGUUUCUUCUCUAUAGUAAAGAUGACGAGUUAGCAAAGCAAAACAGAAGAAUAGCGUACCUCAACGAAGUCACCGAGGAGCUUAACUCCCUUCUGAGCAGUUUCAAACAAAGAAUACAUGAACUUCAGACCCAGCUGGAACUCCGACAGAUGGAUGAAAUAUUGACGGCGAGCAGCAGUUGCGGGAGCCUCAUGGAGACCGCCAACGACGAGGAGUUCGCCAGCGAAGAUGAACGGGAAUCGAGUAACGUCGAUAAUCCUCAUCAACGCAACAACAACCAGAAAACGCUCCUGAUGCGUAGCUCGUCUUUGCACGACUCCCCGAGUCUGAAGAUGGAAACGGAGAACGAAGAAUUAAGGACCCAAGUCAAAGAACUCCAAGAGAACAAAGUCAGACUAGUUGAGGAGAACACGCAACUCAGCGACAAGCUCGAAUCGCUGACGUCAAACGCGGACACGAAGAAUGGACAUUUAAUGGCGCAGGUUGAAGACCAUCGAGAAAAUGAAAAGAAGCUCAUUCAGCAAAAUCAAGUCUUCGGCGAGAAGCUCACAGAACUUGAACGUCGGAGCCUGAAAACGGAGACGGAGAACGAAGAAUUAAGGACCCAAGUCAAAGAACUCCAAGAGAACAAAGUCAGACUAGUUGAGGAGAACACAAAACUCAACGACAAGCUAGCUCAUCUCGAAUCGCUGACGUCAAACGCGGAUACGAAGAAUGGACAUUUAAUGGCGCAGGUUGAAGACCAUCGAGAAAAUGAGAAGAAGCUCAUUCAGCAAAAUCAAGUCUUCGGCGAGAAGCUCACAGAACUUGAACGUCGGAGCCUGAAAACGGAGACGGAGAACGGAGAUUUGAGGGUACAAGUUGAAGAUCUGAAAGAAAAUGAGAAACUCACAAAGCAAAGAACCGAGACCCUCGUGGCCGAUUUGAGCCGCUGUGAAUCUCAGCGGGACAAGUACAAAACCGAAAGCAACCGUCUCAGGCUGGAGGUUCAGACGCUGCGGUCUCAACUGCAGGAUGAGAGCGACCUCAGACGCAGGAUCGACCACGCCGAAUCUCAAAUGGAGAAGAAGUGGGCGGAGAACGACAAGUUGAGCGACAGACUGCGUGACCUGGAGAAAAAGGACGAGUCCUUGAAAAAGCAGCACGAUGGCGUUCGAGCCGAGCUGGAAGAACAAAAAUCCAUCCGAGAUCAGCAGCAGCAACAGAUCGCUAAGCUAAUGGCGGCAUUGAACGACAACAAACACCAAGUCAAAAAGGCUGGAUUUCUCCUCUACAAUAAAGACGACGAGUUAGCCCAGCAAAAAAGGGAAAUCGAUCAUCAAAACGGAAUCAUACAGGACCUUAAUACCACUAUAAGAAAUCUAAAACUAAAUCUCGGUCAUCGCCAAGACCAGUUGGAACCCAACCAGACUGCAAAUAAGCGACCACGACCCGACACAAGCCGCCUCGACGCAACCGUGGAAUCAGUCAUGAAGUCUGACAGAUUCCGACCUCCAAAUCCAAGUACUCUUUUCCGCAGCAAUUUUAAAGGGUUUAUAAAAAGUUCCGUAAAGGUUUUAUCUGCGGUAAUGGUUUUCGUAAUGGUAUUAAUCUUAUUUAACAUGGAUAAUUUCUCACUGAAGCCUGGCCAAACGGGAAACAUCUGGAAAAUGACUUUUAACGAUGUUAAAACUAGAAAGUCGAUAUUGACCGAGCGAAAACGGUUCCUCGAUGAUGAACUGGCUCGUCUAGAAUCCCAGAGCGUCAAGUUGGAAACUGAGAAAAAAGACCUGAGGGUCCAAAUGAAGGACAUUCAAGAAAAGAACAUGACAACGACGGAGCUGAAGACGUCACGCAAUGAAGAGAUUACUAGACCUUACUCUUUGACUGUCAAGAUGGACGCAGAAGAUGCGGACCUGGCAGAAGAACUCAACGAUCAAAAGAACACCAUCGAGGAAAAUGAGCUUGUGGAUCACAAGAGGACACGCCUUCAAAUGUGGAGGAUGAAUAUGGAGGCUGAGAACGAAGAACUACGGGCACAAGUUAAAGUCCUGGAAGACAACAAAGCCAUGUCGAGUCAACAAAACAUGCUCCUCGCUGAGAAGCUGUCUCAUCUCGAGUCUUGGAGCGUGAAGAUGGAGACGCACUUGAGGAUGCAAAUUAAGUACCUUCAAGAAAAGGAGGACACGCUAACGAAACAGAACGAAUGCCUCAUUAACGAGGUGGCUCAGCUCGAAAGGUGGGCCGCGACGACGGAGAAAGAAAACGAAAACCUCCGAGCACGAGUCAAAGUCUUGAAAGAAAACGAGAACCUCAUGAAUGAGGUUACGGAGGCCAUCGCGGCGGAUUUGGCGCACGCCGAAUCUCUGAGGGGCGAGGAUCAAACUGAAAUGUAUCGGCUGAGAACCAAGCUGCAGACGCUGAGGUGUCAACUGCAAGAUCAGGAGGAGCUCCUCAGGAGGCUCGGUCACGCCGGGUCCCUCAUGGAGAAGGCAUGGGCGGAGAAUGAAAAACUGAACAACAAACUCAGCGAGCACGCGGAUGAAGAUCCUUUUGUGAAAAAGCAGAACCAAACGAGAGAAGAAUUAAGAGAACAUAGACCCGUCAAAGAUCUCAAACACCUUGAACGUAUCGCUCAGCUCGAGGCGGCAGUCAAAGAACGUCAGACCCUCCUCAGUGGCAAAGACGAGAUGUUAGAGAAGCAAAGGAAGGAAAUCGUCCAACAACACGAAGUCAUAGACAAGCUUAACUCUCUUCUUACUCCUUUGAAACAAACGAUACGUGAUCUUCAGACCCGCUUGGAACUCCAGCAGAUGGAUGAAAUAUUAACUCCGAGCAGCAGCUGUGGGAGCUUUAACGAGACUGUCAGCGAAGAACCGUCGCAGGAGAAAAACCAAAGCUCACAAAUAAAAGAGCUUCGACAAAACGGCAAUGCUUCGAUGCGUGGAUCUCCAAGUCUUAACCCGGUUCGAGAUCUUCAAGAAAACGAGGUCAGAUUAGCAUUCAAUGACAAAGUGCAUCCUGAAUCGCAGAGCGCAAACGUGAACACAAAUUUAAUGGACCAGGUUGAAGAUCUUCGCAAAAACGAGGACAGGCUCACUGAGCAGAAGCAGCUCUUCAGCGAAAAACUGCCUCAACUUGAAUCUUUGAGCGGAAACACAGAACCCAAGGUACAAGUUGAAGAUCCGAUAAAAAACGGGUUCCUCCAGCGUGGGAAACCAAGCGGUGUCGCUGUCGCUGAUUCGUCCGGCACUGGAUCGCAAGGAGACAAGGAUAAUAUUCAAAUGGAGCAAGAAGAACACCAAGAAAACAAGUCCAGAAUCGUCAAGCAGAACAAUCAGUUCCAUGAAACUUGGUGCGUUUCAAAAGUCCACGUUGAAGAUCCAAGAGAAAAUGAGUACAUCUUAAGCGAGAACACAGAGGAACCCGUCACUCUUGAUUUGUCCAACUCUGAAUCUCAAUGGGACAAUGAUCAUUUAUGGAAUCAUCUAAAAGAUCUUCAAGAAAACCAAACCAGUUUCACCAAACAGAACAUGCACCUUCAUGGAAAAGCGGAGACAAACAAUGGAGAUCCUGAAGAAAAUGAGAACGUCUUAAGUGAGAAAACGGACACCGUGACCGAUUGGUCCAACUUGGACUCUCAAUGGGAUAAAGAUGACACAGAAGUUUAUCAUCUGAAGACAGACGCUCAGGUAUUUUGGUGUCUUUUGCAAGAUCAAGGCGACCUGAAGACAACGACGGAUCAAGCGGAAUCUCGACUGGAGAAGGAGUGGACACAGAAUGAAAAGUUGCGCAACAGGCCGUGUGACCUCUAUGACAAGCAACACGUUCUCAGAAGGUACGAUAGCGUCGUCGAGGACCAAGAAGACCACAACAACGUCGGAGAUCAGCAGAGCAAAACAGUCACACACCUGAAGACCACAUUAGCAGAUCCGAAACUCAGAGUUGAGGAACCCGGACGUCUCAUCCUCAAAAGCCAAAGCAAAGAUCGUCAACACGGGGACAAAGAUGGACGGAACCCUCUGUUCGCCUCGUUUCGGGAGGCUUUUUUUAACUGUAAACGCCAGCUGAAACGGAUGGAGGAAAUACUAACCGCAAACAACUUGGAGACUCAGCCUAAGGGGCAACAAGACCCGGGUCUCCUCCAUAGCGCCCCAUCAGAAGGAUGUAGCAACCUCCUAUGAUAAGAACUGGUUUCACAUGGCGUCACUUCUGUGGAUGCCGAAAUUCCUGGAAACCACUAAUGCAUGGGUCUCAAACAUGCGGCCCGCGGGCCAAAUGUGGCCCGCAGGACACUACUUUGAGGCCCCCCGCCUUGAUAUGAAAGUUUAAUGUUUGAUAUGGAUGCUGUAUGGUAUCAUGUACCCAGAAAAAAUGAUUACGUUUGAUUCAUGUUCAUGUUAAAGGUUAAAUAACUGUUAAUAGUUAUCCUCCCUAUCCGUGUGGAAGUGGUAAGUUUUUGGCUAUUUAAGUUGAAAGGAAAUAACUCGGAGGCUACCGUUUAGGUCGCUAGCUCUCUAGUUUGCGAGUUAGCAUGUGUCUCAAGACCAGGGGUCUCAAACACGCGGCCCGCGGGCCACAUUGAGGCCCCCCGCCUUGAUAUGAAAGUUUAAUGCUAGUGCGGCCCGCGCAAGUUUGAUACGGAUGCUGUAUGGUAUCAUGUACCCAGAAAAAAAUGAUUACGUUUGAUUCAUGUUCAUGUUAAAGGUUAAAUAACUGUUAAUAGUUAUCCUCCCUAUCCGUGUGGAAGUGGUAAGUUUUUGGCUUUUUAAGUUUAAAGGAAAUAACUUGAAGGCUACCGUUUAGGUCGCUUGCCCUCUAGUUUGCGAGUUAGCAUGUGUCUCAAGACCAGGGGUCUCAAACACGCGGCCCACGGGCCAAAUGUGGCCCGCAGGACACUACUUUGAGGCCCCCCGCCUUGAUAUGAAAGUUUAAUGCUAGUGCGGCCCGCGCAAGUUUGAUAUGGAUGCUGUAUGGUAUCAUGUAACCAGAAAAAAUGAUUACGUUUGAUUCAUGUUCAUGUUAAAGGUUAAAUAACUGUUAAUAGUUAUCCUCCCUAUCCGUGUGGAAGUGGUAAGUUUUGGGCUAUUGCAGUUGCGCAAUAUGUUGUAAAUAAAAAGAGUAUAAA